GCUAUAAGUCCAGGUCUCAGCGCGGCGCAGCAGUGGUCUGCACUGCAAGGUUGCCACCUCCCCGAGGAGCCGCCGCUAGGAGCAGAGAAACUUGGCCCGACCAUGGCCGAGGAGCUGAUCCUGGAGAGAUGUGACUUGCAGCUGGAGGUCAAUGGCCGUGACCACCGCACGGCCGACCUGUGUCGGGAGAGGCUGGUAUUGCGGCGGGGCCAGCCCUUCUGGCUGAUGCUGCACUUUGAGGGCCGUGGCUAUGAGGCCAGUGUGGACACCCUCACCUUCAACGCUGUGACCGGCCCAGCUCCCAGCGAGGAGGCCGGGACCAUGGCCCGCUUCUCGCUGUCCAGUGCUGUGGAGGGGGGCACCUGGUCAGCCUCAGCGGUGGACCAGCAGGACUGCACCCUCUCGCUGCUGCUCAACACCCCAGCUGAUGCCCCCAUUGGCCUGUAUCGCCUCAGCCUGGAGGCCUCCACUGGCUACCAGGGCUCCAGCUUCGUGCUGGGCCACUUUACCCUGCUCUUCAACGCCUGGUGCCCAGCGGAUGCUGUCUAUAUGGACUCGGACCAGGAGCGGCAGGAGUACGUGCUCACCCAGCAGGGCUUCAUCUACCAGGGCUCGGCCAAGUUCAUCAAGAGCAUACCUUGGAACUUCGGGCAGUUUGAAGAUGGAAUCCUGGACAUUUGCCUGAUGCUCUUGGACCUCAACCCCAAGUUCCUGAAGAACGCUGGCCGAGACUGCUCACGCCGCAGCAGGCCUGUCUACGUGGGCCGGGUGGUGAGCGCCAUGGUCAACUGCAAUGAUGACCAGGGAGUGCUCCUGGGACGCUGGGACAACAACUACGGGGAUGGCGUCAGCCCCAUGUCCUGGAUCGGCAGUGUGGACAUCCUGCGGCGCUGGAAGGACGACGGGUGCCAGCGCGUCAAGUACGGCCAGUGCUGGGUCUUCGCUGCAGUGGCCUGCACAGUGCUGCGGUGCCUCGGCGUCCCCACCCGCGUCGUGACCAACUAUAACUCAGCCCACGACCAGAACAGCAACCUGCUCAUCGAGUACUUCCGCAACGAGUUCGGGGAGAUCGAGGGGAACAAGAGUGAGAUGAUCUGGAACUUCCACUGCUGGGUGGAGUCGUGGAUGACGAGGCCGGACCUGGAGCCCGGGUACGAGGGGUGGCAGGCCCUGGACCCCACACCCCAGGAGAAGAGUGAAGGGACGUACUGCUGUGGCCCGGUCCCAGUUCGUGCCAUCAAGGAGGGCGACCUGAGCACCAAGUACGACGCACCUUUCGUGUUUGCGGAGGUCAACGCUGAUGUGGUGGACUGGAUCCGGCAGGAGGACGGGUCCUUGCACAAGUCCGUCAACCAUUCCUUGGUCGUGGGGCUGAAGAUCAGCACGAAGAGUGUGGGCCGCGACGAGCGGGAGGACAUCACCUACAACUACAAGUACCCAGAGGGAUCUGAAGAGGAAAGGGAAGCUUUCACAAGGGCCAACCACCUGAAUAAACUGGCCGAAAAGGAGGAGGCCAAAGAGGAAACGGGGGUGGACAUGCGGAUCCGUGUGGGUCAGAACAUGAAUAUGGGCAGUGACUUUGACGUCUUUGCCCACAUCACUAACGGCACCGCUGAGAGCCGCGACUGCCGCCUCCUGCUCUGUGCACGCACCGUCAGCUACAAUGGGGUCCUGGGGCCCGAGUGUGGCACCAAGGACCUGCUGAACCUGACCCUGGACCCCUUCUCAGAGACAAGCAUUCCCCUGCACAUCCUCUAUGAGAAGUACUGCGACUGCCUGACCGAGUCCAACCUCAUCAAGGUGCGGGGCCUCCUCAUAGAGCCGGCAGCCAACAGCUACGUGCUGGCCGAGCGGGACCUCUACCUGGAGAAUCCAGAAAUCAAGAUCCGGGUCCUGGGGGAGCCCAAGCAGAACCGCAAGCUGGUGGCCGAGGUGUCCCUGAAGAAUCCGCUCCCUGUGCAGCUGCUGGGUUGUAUCUUCACUGUGGAGGGCGCUGGCCUGACCAAGGAGCAGAAGUCUAUUGAAGUCCCGGACCCCGUGGAAUCAGGGGAGCAAGUGAAGGUGCGGGUAGACCUGCUGCCCACGGACAUGGGCCUCCACAAGCUGGUGGUGAACUUCGAGUGCGACAAGCUGAAGUCAGUGAAGGGCUAUCGGAACAUCAUCAUUGGCCCCGCUUAAGGGAGCCCUGUGCUCAGCCCCACCUCAGCCUGCUGGAAACCGCCAACCAGACCUGGUCUUUAUCUCAAGCUAAUGGGCAGAACUUGCCAUUUAAGGCAGGGGUGGGCUGCGCGGGGGCCCUUGGGGAUGGAAUGUGCUUCCCGCUCAUCUUGACCCUCUGAGCCAAGUUCCCCACCAGCUCCCUGUGCCAACAUGGAAUGUUCUAUCCCAACAUGGUAGGAAUUCCAACCUUGGCUGGCUGGCGCUGGGGUACAAGAGAGGGGUCCUUCCUCUCCCUACCCAGCCCCAGGCCCUCCUGGACAGUCACUGGCCACCCAGCUGUUGAUCUGCUCCGUAGCCCCUUGGAGCAGGCCAGUGGGACAGUGUGCACAUGGCUGGGCUGAGGAGCUCAGCUGCCCAGCAGCGUCCUGUACCUCUUGCCCACGGCACUCAGGCCCCGGCAGCCCUUUGAAGAGCCAAAGCCAGGCAGGGCUGGGGAACAGGUCCAGCGCCCCCACCUUCCCAUUCUAGAAGCCCUGGCCCAACAGCCGUCCCACCCCUGUCCCCGCUGUGAGGCGCCCACUGCACCAGGCACCUCCUGGGCUCGCAGUGCGGGCGCGCACAGGGCUCCCAGCAGGUCCAUCACCGUGGGGAGCUGCAGAUUGGGAGCUGCAUCCCAGUGAGGAGGCUGGGAGGGGCCCGCUGCCCUCUCCACACCAGACUACUGGGGGUGCGUGGCACAUGCGGGGCUGGGGAUGUGAAGGCCUGGGCCAGAGCCUGAGCCUUCUGGCUCGAGGCCAGCACUGCAUUUAUGACACCAGCUCUGACCUGAGAAUGACAGAGAAACCACUUGGGGACUGACCAGAAAGGGCCCAGCUGGGCCCAGGAGGCAGGGAAGGAGUUGGAGGGGUUUGGGGAGCUGGAGGUCAGCCCUGGGUUUGAGCUCUAAGUCUGGUCAGACUCUGUCUUUCCUUUUCUGGGCCUCAGUUUCCUCAUUAAUCUGCAGAAUGAUUGAGCCAGCGCAUCUCCAAUGUGCUCUUGGCCCUGAGCCUCUGCGCCUCACGUGGCAGGCUUUGUGAAUAACCCCAGGGCCCAGGCUGUUUCCGAGAGGGAAGCCGUGACCACCAGCCAUCCUGCUUCCUACCUGCACGCAGGUCCCUCCCUGCAGAUCCCGGUGCUGGGGGAGGAGAGCCGGGGCCUGCCCACACAAUGCCCAGCCCUCGCAAGAGCCUCAGCUGCCCACCUGGUCGCUAACCAACAAGGCCAGCACCCCCAAGCCCUCAUGCACAGCCAGCACCCUGGCACAGCCCUGGCCCUGAGGAAGCGUGGAGAGCCUGUGGGUUAUCAUCUCGGAGUCUAUGCCCGCAUGCUGUCUGUAUGACCAGGCUUCCCUCCGGCUGGACGGAAUGGGGCAGUCUCUACUGGAGGUGCAGUUACAGCCUCUGGGACUCCCAAGAUUCCAGACAGGGUCUUGGGAAAAAUCACAUCAAUGCCUGUAAAACUUUCUGCUUUGCACAGAGAGAACUACAAGAUGAGCUAACGUGUGCUCUAUAUAAAUACAGCCCUGUUUCUCUAUAGGUUUAUGUAUACGCUUUCCGGUUCCUAGCAGGCAGCAGAUGCGCUUUUGAACCACAAGGAGCAAGCACUGAAAUAAAAGAGUUUAUUUUUCACAUGGAAACAA